AUGGCGGAGACGCAAGGGGCGGCGGUAACUGACAAUGGGGCUCAACGAUCGAGCUCCUCCAACGAUAAGAACUGGCAAUGGGGCUAUUGCCGACGUUGCCGCCGGCGAAAACCUUCGAGCACAGUGAAGCCAAGGCAGGCGAGCUUGAAGCUAAUGAUGGCGGGCACUGGGCGAAGGUUUUGGACUGGAGAACAAGAGCUUCGAAGAACAAGAGCUGUCUUCUAG